GAAUGUUUUUUUAUGUUUUAAAAAAUGUACUAAUUAUAGUUCGCGAGAAAAAAAGGGUAGCCACCGAAGAGAGCAGACGUCCUGUCAUGAGCUCCUCGCCUUCUCCCUCGCCAACGCCGGACGCACGGGCGGGCCCCGUAGAUUCACCGAAACCUAUGGAUACAACCGCCAUCAUCGAUUCUCCUCCAGCUGAGCCUGUGAAGGAUGUUCCUGAUCCGACCGUAAAUAAAGAAGAAAUCAUCGUUGAUAACCUGCUUCUGCAGAUUAAACAGCUUUACGCAUUAAAAUCGAGAUUUGCAGAGCUAGAGGCGACGCUGACCAGAUCCAGAAGGACAACGCCACUCGAGCACUUCGACCUCAAGCAAGUGGAAAAGGAAAGCCAGAUCUUAUGGUCAGCCCACCAGCGGCCGAGCGGUAAAGACACUGAACACUGGUAG